CCCGACGGCAGCCCGUCAUCGCUCCCGGAUAAAAAGGCCCCCAGUAGCAACGCGGCCACGGGCGCCUCGGCCGCCGGCGUGCGCGCGCUCACCGCCCAGGCCGUUGCCUUCUACUUCCGCGCCCCCGUCAAGGCCUUCUUCCGCACCCGCGUCGACUACCUCGCCUACGCGCGCGCCCUGCAGGAGCAGCGGCAGCUGGAGCUGCUGCGCCACCACCACCACCACCACCAAAGCGGCGGCAGCGGCGGCACGGGGGUUAGCAGCGGUGGUAGCAUCAGCUGGCUGCGUGCGCGACUGCGGUCCACGACGCCCGCGGUGCUCGCGUCGGCGGUGCGCCACUACGGCUGGCGGGUCGUGCCCGACCAGAUCCUGCCGCCGCUCGCGGCCAACGUCGGCGUCGGCGCCGUCCUCUACACGAGCUACCUGCAGAUCCUCGGCCGGCUGCACCCGGAGAGCGCCCGCGCCAGCAAGCGCGUCUACCCGCCCCCGGGCCCCCUCGAGACCUUCACGGCCGGCUUCCUGGCCGGGUCGGUCCAGAGCCUGGUUGCGGCCCCGCUGGACGCCGUGCAGGCCCGCUGGGAUGGCGUCACGAGCGGGAGGGUCGUCAACAACGGCGGGGGCGGUGCCGCCGAGCGGCCGAGGAGCAUGUGGGCCUUCAGCGCGGACAAGCUGCGCGAGAUCGGGGUGCGCGGCGUGUUUUCCGGCUGGGGGCUGUCCUUCCUCAAGGACAGCAUGGGCAGCGCCGUCUUCUUCAGCGUGUUUGAGUACGUCAAGGCGCAGGGGUACUACAACUUUGUCCGGUGGUACUACGGCUCGCUCAAUGAGGACGCCAUCGUGCUACUGUCGCGCAAGCGGCCGGCGGCCCCCGCGGACGGACCGGGGAGGAUCUCGUCGUCGCGAGACGAGCAGCAGCCGAGGAUGCCGACCAUCAUCCGGCCGCACUACGCCCUCGAGCCGACUUUCUUGCUGCUUGCGGGCAUGGGUGCGUCCAUCACGCAGCAGGUCGUCCUCCAUCCGCUCUCGUACAUCCAGGCCGAGCACUGGGAGCGGCUCGAGAGCCUGGACGCCAAGGCGAGGAAGCUGAGGCGCGAGGCGGGGCUGCCGGAAGCGGCCGGCUCGGCCCGGCGCUGGCGCAUGUUGAGGGCGUACCGCGACGCGUACCGGACCACGUGGGCGGAGUGCAUGAGCGAGGCCCGGGCGGCCGGUCUCAGCAUGCGCCAGUGGCUCUACCGCGGCUUCUGGUGGAACACGAUCCGGCAGGUCCCCAGCACCAGCGCCGGUCUGAUCAUCUUUGAGCUGGUGAGGCGCAAGUACGGAUUUGGCGAGGACCAGGUGCGCAUUAACCUGGACGGUUACGAUAUCCUGUUG